GGCAGUUCCGGCUGGGAGCGGCGGACGAGUCGGGCCGAAAGCUGAGAGCUCGCCGGGAUCGAUGGCUCAGGGCAAGCAGAAAUUCAAGGCGCGCAAGACGGCCGCUGCGGGGAAGAAGGCGCCGGCCGCUACCCGCGGACCUCGCAAGGGAGGUCGUGUAAUUGCACCCAAGAAAACUCGUGUGAUCCAGCAACAGAAAGUGAAAAAGAAUCUGGAGGUUACCAUUCAUAAGAAGAUUGAGCAUGAGGUGGUAAUGAAGGCCAGUGCUAAGUUACCCAAGAAACUUAGUUUGUUAAAGGCCCCCAAAAUGAAAACAGAGAAAGAUCCAGGUCACUCUAGCAAGUCAUAACAAUGUUUCAUGGACUGAAAUUGGGGAUUGUGGCCUGCAAUACAUUUCAGUUUGACUGUGUCCAUGUUAUCUGUGAUUUUGUGGGGUGAUCAUCUAGUGUGCUACGUGUUUCAGUUGGCAGAGACAAAGAGUUUUCUUCUACAUAAGAAUCCACCUGGCUAGUUCCUUGUCUGAUACUGGAUUGUGGGCUAAUACAAUAGGUAUUAGAUUACUUUCAAACUUGACUUACUCUAAUUUCAAGUUUCUCUUCAUUUGUUUUUGGGUUUAUGAUUUCAGUGAAAGUUAUUUUGUCUUUCUAGUAUGACCUGGGCCAGAUUUGCAACUGGCUUAAUUGUGUUAGACCAGAAAGGAGGAUCUCGUAUGAAUAUCCAGUGGGGGGAGCAUAAUAACUCCUAAGUUCUUGCCUGAUGAUUAUCUGCUGAAAGUCUGCUUUAGUAUAGGGCUAGGGCAGCAUGUUUCUAAUUGGCCCCAGGUAGUGUGGCACUAGGAAGAAUGAGUUCAUUCCAAAGAAAAGCCACUAGAUUACAUUUCCCAGCUGGAGAAAAACCUCAGGUCUAACCUUGUGAUCUAAAUUCUGCAAAAUGGAGGUUUAGGUUUAUUCAGAUUGUCUUACAGGUAUUUAGAAUUGACAUAUGGGCUUUUAUGGAACCACAAAAUUUAAUGUGUUUACAUCAGACAUGGAUUCACAUUUCUCUGCUCAGUUUUGAACAUAGGGGCAGAAAUGGCAAUCUUGAGCUUAUUCUCAAUUGUGGGAAUGUGAUUCCUUCUGGAAAGUAGUUUGGCUUAUUGUCAGCUCUCUUCUCUCUGCUUUCACCUGUUGCCUUCUGAUCACUAUAAUAUACUCGUGAUGCUUUUCUGCUUGCUGAUUCUUGUCCUAAUUAUCUCAUCCCUCAUCUACUUAUUGUAGUUGAACCCUCCUGCCCCCACAAAUUGCAUAGAUAGCUAUAAUAAACCACAAUGAGGCCAAAAUGAUGACAUGUGUGCACUGGCAUCAUCCUGCAGUUGCCCACAUUUUGUACUUGUGUCACAUUGUCUGAGGCAAGUAACAAAUUGUGAUUUUGAUAUGAUGAUGUCAUUAGACACUUGUCAUUCUUUGUCCCCUGCCUGCAGUUAUGCAAAUUAGUUCAAGAGUGCAAGCUGUGAAUCUUUCAAUGUAUUUUACCACACAUUAAAGAACUCUAGAGAAUAA